UCUCUGUAUGUCAGACAACCUUCUUGCAAGAAUAAACGUCCUACUUUUCGUAGUUCGAGUUUUAUUCCACCUCACCACAAAGUUGGAAAAUAUUUUUCCACAACAAGAGUGACACUGAAGGUCUUCUGGAAGGUUUGAUACAUUCAAUCCAGCGAUAACCAUGAAUUUCGUACAGCAGGGUCUUCCACCAUGCAGAUCAAGACUGAUUCAUCAAGGUCCUCCAAAAAGAUUCCAUUUACAUACAGAGAAGAAAGUGCUUGAUGAUAAUGAGAGAGUCAGAAAAUGGACUUAUGAGAAAAAAGACACUAGUAAACAAAACAAAAUUGUUCUGCUGGUGGGAGAGACUGGUGUCGGUAAGACCACCAUCAUCAACACUAUGGUCAACUACUUAUUAGGAGUGAAAUUUGAGGAUGAAAUAUGGUAUGAAAUCACCGAAGAAGAAGGUGGAGAUCAAUCAGAAUCACAAACUUCAGAAAUCACCAUGUACGAGGUCUUUCCUGUAAAGAGUCCCGUAUCACUCACCAUCAUUGAUACUCCAGGCUACGGAGACACUAGAGGACUGGAAAAUGAUCUGGAAGUUGCCAGGAAUUUAGCCAUGCUGUUUCAGAGCAAUGAUGGAGUUCGUGAAGUCGAUGCUAUUUGCUUUGUGACUCAAGCGUCUACGAAUCGUCUCUCAGACAGACAGCAUUACAUUAUCAGUUCAAUUCUGUCUUUAUUUGGAAAAGAUAUUGUGAACAACAUUGUGUUUUUAAUCACACACUUUGAUGGUCUGCCUCCCAAAAAUGUCCUCGGUGCUAUUAAUAAAGCCAGAAUCCCCUGCAGACAAGACAGUUAUGGCCAACCUGUUUGUUUCUUAUUCAACAAUCGUCAGGCUGAAGCCCGUCACAAUGAGAAACGUUACAUUCGUGCUCAAAGAGACGCCUGGGAAAACAGCACUGAAGAGAUGGAGAAAUUCCUUCAGUCUCUGGAGGAAAAGGACAGAAGAAGUUUAGAGCUGACUUCAAAUGUCCUGAUAGAGCGUAUCCAGCUUGAAGCAGUUCUCUGCAACUUACAGCUGCGAAUUCAAGAGAAAGAGCUUAAAAAGUCUGAAAAACUUCAGAUUCAGGAGGCAAUGAGACAAAACAAGGAAAAGAUUGAACAGUGUAAAGACUUCACCAUUCAGGUCAAUAAGACUGUCAAAAUGAGGGUUCCCAUUGAAAGCAAGUCAUGGAAGCACAGGAAGGCGACGACCUGCACCGUUUGUGAGGAAAACUGCCAUGAGUUUAACUGCUGGUGGGUUUCUAAUCCCAGCAAAUGUAAAGUCAUGAAAAACGGUUACUGCACCGUCUGCACAGGGAAGUGUCACCACAGCAAACAUGUCAAAGAAAGCAAGAAAUACUUCAUCAGCACUUCAAUCAUCAUAAUUGUGUUUGAUGAUUUGAAAAAGAUAUAUGAAGAAGCUCACAAACAAACGAAGUGGUUUUCAGUUAUAAUGGAUUGUCUUGACAAAGAUCUGCAGGCGAUUGAGGAACAAAAGUCAAUUCUUUUGUUCAAUGCAUUCAAGACCAUCAAGCAUCUGUCUCAGAUUGCAUUAAAACCAGACUCUGCUUUCACUCUUCAGCAUCUGGACUUCUUCAUCCCCAGAGUGAGGGAGGCUGGGAAAGAAGACUGGGUGCAAGAGCUGAAGGAGAUGAAGAGAAUCGCUGAAGCUGAAGAAGCCAAUAAAGAUGCUCUGAGUUAUCUGAAAGCUGGGCUGGCAAAAACAAAAUAAUCUGUAACGAUUCUUUGGUGGGAAAUGAACAAAUACAUAGAGGACAAGCUAUGAAUCGAUGAAAAUGAAGAAGAUAAUGAGAAAUCAAUGCAGGGGACAUUCUGUAGAUCUGAAAAUAAUAAGAGAUUUAAUUUAAUCAUAGUUACAAGCAGGGCUGUACGUUAACUUUUUUUUCACAUAGCACUGGUGCUACAGAGGUUGAAAGUUUUGUA